AUGUUAGGCUGGGGCAAGAGGUCAACCCCCUCGGCUCCGGACGUGAGUGUCACUGGGACGUCCACGCCUUCAAAAAAGGAUGGCAGGUGUGGCAUAACCGUUCUGCAUCACACCUCACUGCCGAUGAGCACUGUACUCACCAAGCAUAUUCGCAGGAAUGCCAGAGAGGAGGAGGAGGUGCAGGAGGUAUCGCUGGUGGGAAAAGUGCAGAACUCAGAUUCGGCUGUCGUGGUCGUCCUUGGAGGCACCGACCUCCAGGAACCAGGGAAGACCUCCGCUGGCAAGUCGAACUACGUGUUCAAGCCACAGCUGAACCAAUGGCUUGCCAUUCAACCGCUGCCCGAGCCACGAAGUUAUCACGCCGUUGUUUACUACGCAGGCUGCAUCUACGUUUUUGGUGGUUACAGCGGCGCAGUCGCCAGCAAAGGAGGACAAGGCCGAGCUCAGCGCUCCGUGUUCAAAUUCCACGUUCGCGAGCAGCGAUGGGACCGCGCGGCGGAUAUGCUGCAUGCCAGGGCUUGUCACGGAGCCGUCGUUGUGCACGAGAAGAUCAUGGUCGUCGGCGGCAAGGACGACAAGGAAGAGAUCCUCAACUCGGUGGAGUUGUACAACCCUGCGUCGGACAGCUGGGUUCCGUACCGCCAUCUUCCGCUGCCGCUCAUGGCCUGCGGCGUUGGCUUCUUGGGCGGAAUGGUGUAUGUGGUAGGAGGGGUGACCACCAAGAAGCAGGUGUUUACCGGCAUGACGCCCGCCGAAGUGUUGUCCACUGUGCACGCCACGGAUCCCAACGAGCGCACCUGGGUACGACGACCGAGUCUCCCUGAGCCCCGCGCCUACUGCACCGCUCUGACCAUCCACCACGAACUGUGGCUUGCGGGUGGCCUCAAACCCGCGGGCCGCGACCCCGCCAGCUUCACCAACCUAGUCGACGUGCUCGCGUUCGACUCACUGCGUGGUCGAUGGGAAUUCCGUUUCAAGCUCUCUCGUGCGCGUCACGCCGUCGCUGCCGCCAAUGCUGACGACCGCGUCUACGUCAUCGGAGGAAUGACUUGCCUGGAGGGCACGUCUGUGGAUGACGUAGACGUGUACCACCGACAGCGGCUCUGUUUCCUCGAUUGCCAGUGCCUGCCCAGGAAGCUCACAGGACGCGUAGUCUUGCACUACCACGUGCUCAAGAACCGGUGGGACCUCUGCGGGAUGAUGCCCGAACCGCGGAGCUACCACGCAGCCGUGCUCAUCGGAAAAACGGUCUACAUCACAGGCGGGUUCGAUCCAGAGACACGAAAGUGUGGAGAGCUGGUGGCCUGCAAGACCACGUUCGCCUACGACAUCGACACCAUGGAGUGGAGUCGUAAGGCCGACAUGAAAACUGGCCGAGCGGCGCACGGUGCGGCAACAUUCAAGGACAAGCUUCUCGUGUUCGGCGGUAGAGGUCGCUUCGGAAGAGCCGUGGCAUCGACGGAAGAGUACGACCCGUCAUCUGACACAUGGCGAGAGUGCACGCCUCUAGACGUGCCUCGAAUGGCUGUCGGCUGCGCCACGGUCGCUGAUGUCAUCUACGUGGUUGGCGGCAUGGUACCCGAGGAGGACGAUCUGUACCGUGCCGUGGACAGGGUCGACAUUUAUGACCCGAAGACACACACAUGGUCCGAGGGUCCACCGCUCCCAAAACCACGCGCUUUUCCCGCGGCCGCUUCACUCGGCGACAAACUAUGGCUGAUAGGCGGGUGCUACGACAACUCGGAGCCUGGACUCAACCUGGUGAGCCUGCGAGACGUGGACGUUCUCGAAACUAGCGCAUGGCUGCACAUGGGUUGUACGACCCACUCGAGGCACGCCGCAGCUGUGGCCGUAGCUGACACCAACAUCUAUGUCAUCGGUGGCACGAGCAGCGUACUUAAUGGGCCAAUCAAACGGCCAGAAGUGUACCUGCAGCAGGACGACCGGUACAAGUUCCCGGCCGAGUACCCCGAAGCGAUGACUGGCAUUGCCGCCGUAUGCAUACCUCCAAUCACGCCUACGUUCAGGAGCAGGUCCCUGACGUGCAUGAUAACGGACACUUUGGCGGAAUAG